AUGCAGCAAGGAACUAGAGAUCAUCAUCCCCAUCCAAACCCAAUUCCUCAACAAGAAUCUAGUAACAUGGUUACACUUCAAACUUCAAGUUUCUCAAGGUCUUCUCCAUCUUCUUCAUCCCAUCUAGGCAGAGAGAUUGGAGCAACGCUUCAGGCCCCUAAACUCCGGCCAAGUAGACUCACACUCCCAAGGAUCCCUGAAAGAGACUUGGUGGAGGAAUUGAACCUGAGAAGCGGAUACAACAACACAACCAUAGCCCUAAGGCCCCUAACAGUAGAAUCCAAACCUAGUGACACCACUAGAGAUUUUGAUGUUCUGAAGUCCAAUUCCAAGGUGGUGGCUGAGCUUUACGCCGUCAUGGAAGCAGCCGCCGACAGAGCAGAGAUGCACACCAACAUCGGAGAGCAGCGGAGUAACUGGAACCAUCUCCUCCUAACUUCCAUUAACGCCAUCACCCUCACCGCUGCAACUAUGGUUGGCCUGGCAGCCACUACCUGGGGAACGGGAGCACCUCUUCUAGCACUCAAGCUCUCGUCCACCCUAUUAUAUUCGGCAGCCACCGGGAUGUUGGUGGUGAUGAACAAGAUCCAGCCCUCCCAGCUCGCGGAAGAGCAACGAAACGCUGCGAGACUGUUCAAGCAGCUCCAAAGGGAAAUCCAAACAACCCUUGCAAUCGGAACUCCCACAAAAAGAUAUGUGAAGGAUGCCAUGGACAAGGUCUUGGCCCUUGACAGGGCCUACCCUCUUCCUUUACUUGGAACAAUGCUAGAGAAGUUCCCCGCGACGGUAGAGCCCGCAGUGUGGUGGCCCCAACAACCACCACAGAACGAACUCGGCGGUGGUAAUAGAGAAAAGAAGGGAAGCAACGGAUGGAAUGCAAAGCUGGAGGAGGAAAUGAGACAGAUAGUUGGGGUGUUGAAGAGGAAGGACACUGAAGAAUAUUUGAGGCUUAGCAAGUUGUUUUUAAAAGUAAAAAAGGCACUAGCCAUUUCUGGGCCUCUGCUCACGGGCCUUGCCGCGGUAGGGUCUGCUCUUGUAGGAUCAGCUUCUCAGCAUCAAGCGCCAUGGGCAAUCUUUCUGGGAGUCGCUGCGGGAGCUCUGGCAGCCAUAGUGAACACAAUGGAGCAUGGUUGGCAAGUAGGAAUGGUAUUUGAGAUGUAUAGGAGCAAUGCUGGAUUCUUUCAGCUCAUUGAGGAAUCUAUUGGGUCCACCUUGAAGGAAAGGGAGGUGGAGAAGAGAAAGAAUGGAGAGUUGUUUGAAAUGAAUGUGGCUCUACAACUGGGAAGGAGCUUGUCCGAACUCAGAGAUCUUGCAGCUUCUUCGUCUUCUUCCAACAGAUAUGGAGAGACCACUGGAGAAUUUGCCAGCAAGCUCUUCUGA